GCUAUAGCGCUGGAUCUGUAAGCGUGUGUGCGUGUGUAUAUAUACAACGUGCGCGAGGCUACACGAGAAUUACAAAGGCGAUGGUGGUGGCACUUGCAAGUCGAACUCGUACACACCAUCUCUCGCGCAGACACCUUUAUACGCUCCAAGUUUCAUAGCCAAAGUCACAGUCUUACGCUUUCGCUGGACACCGGUCGGCCACCGGCUCUUCUCGCGUUUAUUUGUGUGCUCGCGCGCGCGCGCUGACCAAGAAAUGUGCUUGUGCAAAUUAUUAUAGAAAAACCCCCAAGUGUGUCCCUUGUGUGUCUCGUGUCAAAUAUAUGUAUUAUGAAUUGUUUUGUGUGGUGUCGUCUCUCUCAUCGACAAGACUUACGCAGAAGCUAACACGAUUUUGACACUUGCAAGACUGCAUACCGAUAUCCGGACGCUGGACGAGCAUGAUAUAUAGGCCCGAAGCGGCAAACACGACGUAUCGGUUAUAAGGACCAAAUUUCGCAAUGGUGGUGGCGGCUGUGGUGGCUGGCGCCAUAAAGGCGGCCACGCUACUGCUCGGCGUCGGCAAAAUCAUCGCCAUCGUGCCGAUCCUCAUCGGCGCCCUGGCCUACUUUCGCUACGACCUCAUGGACCCGGAGAAUCAUCCGCGAGUGCAGCGCGAGCUCAGGCGGGAGUACGACUUCGUCGUCAUCGGGGCUGGCUCGGCGGGCAGCGUCAUCGCCAAUCGGCUCACCGAGAAUCCCGCCUGGUCGGUGCUCCUCCUCGAGGCUGGAGGACACGAGACCGAGAUCACGGACGUGCCCAUCCUCUCCCUGUAUCUGCACAAGAGCAAGCUCGAUUGGAAGUACAGGACUCAGCCGCAAGACUCGGCCUGCCAGGCCAUGAUAGACAAGCGCUGCUGCUGGACCAGAGGCAAGGUAAUUGGAGGCUCGAGCGUUCUGAACACGAUGCUGUACAUACGCGGCAACCGACGUGACUUCGACCAAUGGGAGAGCUUCGGCAACCCCGGCUGGGGCUACGAUGACCUACUCCAUUACUUCAAGAAAUCCGAGGAUCAAAGAAAUCCCUACCUGGCGAGGGAUAAUGUCUACCAUAACACUGGUGGUUACUUGACGGUCCAGGACUCACCCUACAACACGCCGCUGGGCAUAGCCUUCCUCCAGGCGGGCCAGGAGAUGGGCUACGACAUAGUCGACGUGAACGGGCGCCAACAGACCGGAUUCGCCCUCUAUCAGUUCACGAUGCGCAGGGGCACGCGCUGCAGCACGGCCAAAGCCUUCAUCAGGCCGAUCAGUCUGCGGCCCAACUUUCAUCUGUCGCUCUGGAGUCACGUGACGAGGGUGCUCAUCGACCCGACCAGCCACAAGGCUUACGGGGUCGAGUUCAUCCGCGACGGCAAGCUCCAAGCGGUCUACGCGCGAAAAGAGGUCAUCCUCUCGGGCGGCGCUAUCAAUUCGCCGCAGUUGCUCAUGCUGUCGGGCGUCGGGCCGCGACAGAAUCUCCAAGAGGUUGGGGUGCCUGUCAUCUACGAUUCACCCGGUGUAGGCGGCAAUCUGCAGGAUCACAUCGCCGUCGGUGGAUUGGCUUUCUUGAUCGAUUAUCCUGUUAGUUUGGUGAUGAAUCGAUUGGUCAACUUGAACUCGGCUCUGAGGUAUGCCAUAACCGAAGAUGGACCGCUGACUUCGAGCGUAGGCUUGGAAGCCGUGGGAUUCAUCAAGACUAAGUAUGCCAAUCAGACGGACGACUGGCCGGACAUCGAGUUCAUGAUCACGAGCUCGUCAACCAACUCGGACGGCGGCACCCAAGUCAAGACUGCUCACGGCUUGACCGACGAAUUUUAUAACUACAUGUUCAGCGAGAUCAACAAUCGCGACGUGUUCGGAGUAUUUCCCAUGAUGCUCAGACCCAAAUCACGCGGCUUCCUCAAGCUGAGAUCGAAAAAUCCUUUGGACUAUCCACUGAUGUACCACAACUAUCUGACUCAUCCGGACGACGUGGACGUUCUCAGGGAGGGUGUCAAGGCGGCCAUAGCUUUCGGCGAGACGCCCACGAUGAAGCGCUUCGGGGCUCGUUUCCACAGCAAAAAGCUGCCCAAUUGCCGGCAUCUGCCUCACUUCACCGACGAGUACUGGAACUGCGUCAUCCGACAGUACACCAUGACGAUUUACCACAUGAGCGGCACAGCCAAGAUGGGUCCGUCUUGGGACCGAGAGGCAGUCGUCGAUCCUCAACUACGAGUUUACGGCGUCAAAGGCUUGAGAGUCAUAGACGCCUCGAUCAUGCCUACCAUCACUAAUGGCAAUAUCAAUGCUCCUGUGAUUGCGAUUGCCGAAAAAGGCGCGGACAUGAUCAAGGAAUACUGGUUGAAAAAUACUAAAAGGAGUAAUAGAGUUUAUAGAAGUGCUAACUGGACUAGUAGUGCGGCGUGAACCUCUUUUUUAUUCUGUUUAAAUGGAACUUUAUCAAAUAGUUUGGGUGAUGUGUAUUAGAUGAAUGAAAGUUAAUUUAUAACUUAAGUGUUACUUUGUCUGAAUUUUGUUGCAUAAUCGAAUUUUAUGCUAUAGAUUUUCCGAAUAAUUUUUUAAUUAUUCAGAAUAAUGUCUAGCAUAAACGAAUGUCUUUGUGCGAAUGAAGCAAAAAUCCAAUGGGUUUUUCUUUUAUACAUAGACGAAUGAAUUAAUUUUUCAUUUAAGAUCUAAUAGCAGCCAGAUAUGAGAGUUGAUUUUUGCAAUAAUGUCCUUGCAGAAGUAUCUGCCUUUCAUUUUUCCCUGACGAUGCAUUCGCGCCAAGAAAUGUGUGAUGUGUAUCAUAGUUGAAUUUUUUGAAGUGUACAUGUGGAGUUUUUAUAGUCAUUUUUUAGAUAUAUAUUUAGUAGUUUUUAUGCGUUUACUAGUUAAAAUGUAAUAUUUCAAUGGUGCCAUUUUUGUAUAGAUUUGCGUAUGAGAUUCAUGCAAUGAGAAUACGAAAAAUGUUGUAUAAAAUAAAAUAAUAGGUAAUGGUUUCUUUUAGGAAAAAGAAGAGGAAAAAAGUAUUUUAGAUGGAUUAUAAAUGAUAUGUAAAGCAUGUUCUUUCGACAAGUUACUUUUAACAAGUGUAAUGAUUAUAAUAGAAUUCCAUGCUGCAACUAUGAUUUUAAAUUAUUUACGAGGUUGUAAAAAAUGUAAAAAUAUCUUUAUUGUUCCUUUUGUAGUUAAUUGUCGAUGCAAUUGAUUUACAAUCAAAUCGAUUAAAUUAAAUGU